UUUGAGCUGACUACUUGAACAUGCAUGUGAGGAUGAAGGCGUCAAGGCAUAUCAUCUUCGCCGCCGCCUCCGUGGUCUCGGCAGGGCUCCAUGGCAGGCAAACUGGGACAAUUGGAGAUUCCUACGACUAUGUCAUCGUCGGUGGCGGCACUGCCGGCUUGACGCUUGCCUCCAGAUUGUCGAACGACCCAUCAAACUCUGUUCUCGUUAUCGAGGCUGGCUUGCCAGACAACUAUGAAGCCGCCGUCAUGAUUCCGCGCUUCUACCCGGGCGCUUCUGGCUUCGCGCCGGGAACCCGGUACGACUGGAACCUGACUUCCGUCGCGCAGGAGUCGCUGCAAGGGCAAGUGGUCAAUCUCACACAGGGCCACGCCGUCGGCGGGAGCAGCACGGUCAACGCCAUGAUAUUCGACCGCGGCAUGCCCUCGAACUACGAUGCGUGGGCCGCGCUGGGAAACGACGGCUGGGACUUUGAGAGUCUUCUACCCUAUUUCAAAAAGAGCGAGAGGUUUACUCCAGCAUCGCCCGAAAACGCAGCCCUGUUUGAUAUGACAUAUGAUCCGGACUGUCACGGUUUCGAGGGGCCAGUUCAGUCAAGCUACUUGGCUUGGUCGCAUCCAAAUAACACGAACUUUCUAAAUGCCAUGGAGGGCCUGGGCAUCAGCACCCCAGAUGAUCAGGGCUGCAAUCCGCUGGGCGCGUACCUCACAACCCAUUCCAUCGAUCCACGCAACCAGUCCAGGUCAAGUGCGAGGACCGCUCACUACGAUUCCACUUUGGGAAGAGCCAACUUGCACAUAGCUACGGGCCAACAGGCAACAAAGGUGUUGUUUGACACGAGCGGCGAAAACCCAAGAGCACAAGGGGUUGAGUUUUCAGCCGGUCCAGACUCCGUCCGACAAAGAGUGACAGCAGGCAAAGAAGUAAUCGUAUCCACAGGCGCCCUAAAUACCCCGAAGCUCUUGCAAUUGUCUGGUAUCGGCCCUGCAACGGUAAUGUCCCAGUUUGGGAUUGCGUCUAUCGUCGACCUACCCGGAGUCGGGGCCAAUCUCCAGGACCACCCAUUUGGGCUCACGCUUGCCUCUCUGAGCGACGGAGUCCCCGGGAACUACGAACUGGACAAUGCAACGUUUGAUGCCGAACAGCGGGAUUUGUACUACUCCGAACGUAAAGGGCGCUGGACAGAUACCAUUGCCGAGGCUCUUGCUUUCAUCCCACUGUUCAACUUCACUACCUCAGAAGCGGCCAACCGUCUCCUCUCCGCUAUUAACUUUAAUACCUCGGCCCAGUUUCUCCCUCCAGGUACGGAUGAAACCGUAGUCGCUGGCUACGAGAAACAACUGGAGCAACUGCACAGCAUUCACCACAGUAGGUCCACGGCCGGGAUGGAGCUCCUCUACGUUGACGGCGGCCGCUCGGUGGUGAACAUUUUGAUGCAUCCGUUAAGCAGAGGAACGGUCCUCAUCAACUCAUCUAACCCCUUCUUACCGCCGUUGAUUGACCCGCGUUACUUUUCUCACCCCUACGACGGCCAAGUACUGGUGGAGUCGCUGCGAUUCAACCGGGAGCUCUUGGCUACGGCGCCUAUACAAGCGCUGGGAGCCGCGGAAACGCUUCCUGGGGCCGCAACGCAGAGCGACGAGGAGAUCCUGGCUUUCAUCAAAGGGGUCACGUCGACGGAGUUUCAUUACUCAGGAACCUGCGCCAUGCUGCCGAGGGCUCUCGGGGGCGUCGUCGGUGCCGAUCUCAAGGUUUACGGAGUUGACGGUCUGAGGGUCGUGGAUGCGAGUGUCAUGCCUCUCGUACCGUCGGCGCAUACGCAGGCGACGGUGUAUGCCAUUGCUGAGAAGGCGGCGGACAUGAUUCUAGGACAACGAACGUGACGUGACGUGACGUGAUGUGACGUGAUGUGAGAAGGGAGCCGCGAAGAAAGAUGGAAGUGUACAAACCGGAGCACUAAUUAGUUAUAUAGUUGGACAACAGGCAAACAGAUCUUUACGCAGUCCGGGUGUGACGGUGAGAUCCUAGACUCCACUGAAAACCAACCUGCGGGCAGCGUUUCUACCCUGCCUAGGCUGAAACCACUUAGUUUCUUACCUCGUCAAGACACUGUCUUUCAAGCCAAAAUGGAC